AUGUGGGACUUCUUUCUUCACAGCUUCUCCCUUUUUUGUGAGGGUUCUGAAUUUUAUAGUUUUUAUGUUACUAAGUUGUGGGAGGCACUUGGAUUUCUUCCACCACCAAAGGAAAGUGAGACAAUUGAUGAUGUUUCCAUUCAAUUUUUACACGAGCUAUGGUCAAGAUCUUUUCUUACAGAUUUCAUUGAAUUGGCCCAUGGUUACAGUUUUAAAUUACAUGAUUUAGUGCAUGAUCUUGCUAUGUAUGCUGCCAAAGGUGAGUUUCAAACAAUAUACUCCCGCAGUUCAGAAAUAUCUCCCAAUGCCCGACAUUUGGCAUUCAGUGAAAAUAAUUUGCUGGACGGAGCUGUCAUUCCCACAGGUCUGAGAACAAUAAUAUUUCCUGAUGAUGCCACCAAUGAAGCUUUCAUGAAUACAUUGGUUUCAAGGUGCAAACACUUGAGGUUUUUGGAGUUAAGUAACUCUACAUAUGAGAGUUUGCCUCCCUCCAUUGGAAAGUUGAAACACUUGAGAUAUCUCAGUCUCUUUGGGAACAAAAAGCUUAAGAGGCUCCCUGGCUCAGUAUGCAAACUGCAAAAUUUGGAAACUUUGAACCUUAAUGGGUGCAUACAGCUACAAGAAUUGCCCAAAGGAAUAAGAAAACUUAUCAGCCUUCGUCGCCUACAUGUAACCACAAGGCAACUAGAUUUUCCUGAUAGAGAAAUCGAAAAUUUGACUUCUUUAGAGACUGUAACAUUCAAUUCUUGUGAUAAUUUGGAGUCAUUGUUGGAAGGAAUACAACUUUCUAGUCUUAAAAAUUUGUCUUUGCAUGACUGCAGGAAUCUAAAGUCUAUGUCCUUUCAUGUCAUUACAAAUUUAGAGAAUUUGGUUAUCGACAAUUGUGGUGAGUUGGACUUGUCAAUGGGCUUUGGCAACAAAAUCCCUGAUUUAAGGUUAAAGUCUCUUGCUCUUAAAAGUUUGCAACAGUUGGUCACUUUGCCUCAGUGGUUGCAAGGAUCUGUGAACACUUUACAUUCCUUGGUAAUUGCUGACUGCAACAAUCUUAAGGAGCUUCCUGAGUGGCUGUCAACAAUGAUUUGUCUCAAACUGCUUGUUAUUGAAUACUGUCCAUACAUGCAGUCACUCCCUGAUAACAUGCAUCACCUCACAAAUCUUGAAAAUUUACUGAUUAAUAGUUGUCCUGAAUUAUGUGAAAGAUACCAACCAGAGUUUGGACAGGAUUGGCAUAAAGUAUCUCACAUAAAAAAAGUAUUUGUUGGUGAACUGGAAGAGUAA